AUGAAAUUAGCUCGCAGCCUGGCGGUUUUACUUAUCGCUGCUACAUCUGGAUCUGCAUCUUCAACAGGCAGUUUGAGACCUUCUCCCGCUCAGAGAUAUUCAAACUUGAUAAUUCGGUCUCUGCCAGACAUUUCUAUCAUCUCGAUAAAUAGCAGCCCUGUCUAUAAUUACUCAUAUCCUGCCAUUCCAUCGUCAAACACGCCCGUCUCUGGAGUUGAUUUCUGCAAUGUCACUAUCAUUCUUGAUCACCGUAGGGCAAACGACUCUGUUCUCGUCACUGUCUGGCUGCCUUUUAAGGGCUGGAAUGGCCGUUUUCAAGCCACAGGCGGGGGGGGGUUGGCUGCGGGCCUGUUCGAACCAGAACUUGCGCCUGCAGUUGCUGCAGGUUACGCUACGGCAGGAACAGAUGGGGGCUUGACCCUUGGCGGGACCAUCGAUGCAAACUCGGGUCUCUGGGUUCUGGGGAGUGAUGGAACACCGAGAGCCGAGCUAGUGAAGAACUUUGCGUACCGCUCUCAACAUGACCUGGCUAUUGUAGGGAAAGCCGUCACUAAACAAUUCUAUGGCACUAGUCCGAAGUACUCUUAUUGGAAUGGAUGCUCGACGGGUGGGAGGCAAGGCUAUUUUGCGGCUCAGAAAUACCCAGGCGAUUUCGAUGGAAUUUUAGCAUCUGCACCUGCACUUAACACGCCACAGUUAUCAGUAGCGGAUUUUUGGCCCUCGGUAGUGAUGGCAAAUUUGGUUGCGCCACCAAAGUGCGUUUUCGAGGCAUAUCAGGCCAACAUUAUCUUGACCUGCGAUCCCCUUGAUGGAGUCAAGGAUGGACUUAUUUCCAAUACCAAAAAAUGCAAUCUCGAUACCCAGGGACUGAUUGGCCAUAUCAUUACUUGCGACAGCGGGAACUUGACAAUCACCCAGGAGCAUGCACAUACAGUUUCUAAGAUCUUACAGGGUGCGACCUCUCUUUCAGGAAAUAAGCAGUGGUAUGGUAUUCCACCUGGUGCAUCCUUCAAUGGGCUUGCCAACACCAGUACAACCAACGGAACGACCAUCCCUGUUCCUUUCAGCUCUGCUGAAGCUUGGAUCAGGUAUUUUGUGAUGCAAGAUCCAGACUACGACACAGCUCACAUGACUUUUAAAGAGUUUGAUAAUGCAUUCUCGGCGUCCAUUGCGAAAUACAGCGGCAUUCUGGGAACGAAUGAGCCUGAUCUCACUGUAUUCUACAAAAGAGGAGGAAAGUUACUCACUUGGCACGGGUUGGCAGACCCGCUCAUCACGCAUGAGGGAACAGUGCGGUAUCGUGAACGACUUGAACAGAGAAUGGGAGGGCAAAAGAAAGUUGACGAGUUUUACCGGCUAUUUCUUGCUCCUGGAGUGGCGCAUUGUGGCGGCGGUAUUGGUCCUGCACCUCUCGACCCGCUUCAUGCCCUGGUUGAGUGGGUAGAAUCUGGAAAAGCGCCAGUUACUUUGGGCGCUACAGGCGUGGACAGCAACGGGACCACGUUGACACGCAAUCUCUGCAGAUACCCGCUUCUUUUGACAUAUGAUGGGAAAGGUGAUAUAAACAAUGCGGAUAGUUACUCGUGUGUAUAG